CCUCCCUCCCCCAACGCUUCACAUCACUCUAUAGACUUAUCAUGGCCGGAUACCCCGAAAACCCGCUGUUCUUCGGGCUGGACCUGUCGACGCAGCAGCUCAAGGGCGUCCUGAUCUCCCAGGAUGCCUGCGUCGUGCACGAAUCAUGCGUCCACUUUGAAUCCGACCUUGCCCACUACGGCACCGUAAAGGGUGCCAUACCGGGGCCAAACGGCGAGGCUACUUCCCCCGUCGCGAUGUGGCUCGAGGCGUACGAUCUCCUCUUGACCCGCAUGCGCGCCGCCGGCGUCGACUUUGGCUCCAUCGUCGCCAUCUCUGGGUCUGGUCAGCAACACGGCUCCGUGUACUGGUCUGCCGACGGCGAAAAGCUGCUCAGCACGCUCGACGCCGCCAAGCCGCUGACCCAGCUCGCUCCCGGCGCUUUCGCAUGGCAGCGGGCUCCCAUCUGGCAGGACUCCUCGACGACUCGCGAAUGCCGCGAGCUCGAGGAAGCCGCCGGUGGUGCUCAACAGCUCGCUGACUUGACGGGUAGCCGCGGAUACGAGCGCUUUACUGGCCCUCAGAUCAAGAAGCUUCGCCGCGUAGACCCCGCUACCUACGCCGCCAGUGCCCGCAUCUCUCUUGUCUCCUCGUUCAUGCACUCGGUGUUCUUGGGCCACAUCGGCCCCAUCGAGAUCUCGGACGCGAGCGGCAUGAACCUCAUGAACGUCCUCACCUGCAAGUGGGAGGACAAGCUGCUCGAAGCUGCCGGCGGUCCCGAGCUCCGCGCGAAGCUCGGCCCCGAGCCCGUCCCAGGCGGUACGACCCUCGGCAAGAUUGACCGCUACUGGGUCGAGCGCUGGGGAUUCAACCCCGAGUGCAUCAUCGCGCCCACCACGGGCGACAACCCCGCGACCGUCAUCGGCCUCUCCGCCCCCGGUGACGCCAUCCUCUCCCUCGGCACCUCGACGACGUUCCUGCUCUCCAUCCCGCCGUCGGAUACGCCGCCCAAGCGCUUCACGACCUCGCACAUCCUCACGCACCCCACCACGCUCGACUCGCACAUCGCGAUGUUAUGCUACAAGAACGGCGGGCUCGCGCGCGAGCAGGUGCGCGAUCGCGCGGCGGAGGCGGACUGGGCGAAGUACAACCAGCUUGUCGAGGCGCGGCCCGCGGGCAAUAACGGCGAUUUCGGCUUCUACUUCCCCCUCCCCGAGAUCAUCCCGCCCAACGUGCUCGGCGAGUUCUUCUACCACCUUGCGCCGGGCGCGUCGCACCCGGAGCCCGUAGAGUCGAUCGCACGCGAGGCCGCACCCCGCGCCGUCGUCGAGUCCCAGUUCCUCUCCAUCCUUUCCCGCAUCGCCGCCAUCCUUCCCGCGAACGCGCCACCCCUCCAGCGCCUCGUCAUCUCCGGCGGCUCGUCCGCGAACCCGGUCAUCCGGCAGCUCGCUGCCGACGUGUUCGGGAUGAAGGUGUACGUGUCGUCGACGAAGGAGGCUGCAGCCCUCGGCGCGUCUCUGCUCGCCAAGUACGCGUGGUGGAAGGGCCUCAACGAGGGCGAGGGCACGUUCGAGGAGAUGAGCGGUGGUGAGGUGCCGGGCAUGAAGUGCGUCGCGGAGCCGAACCAGGAGACGCACAAGGUGUACACGAACCUUGUGGAUGCCUACCGCUGGUGCGAGGCCGACGUCGUGCGCAAGGGCACGAUCCCGGCAUGAACGAUACGGUCUACGCUGUUUGCUUUGCUUCAUCCAUCUCACCUUCUUCCUUCCUUUCACACAUAGAUGCGCAUCUGCUAUUACUACUUAUCAUCUGGGUUCGCUAAUGGACGACUAACACAUCACCACACUACCACCACAUUGUAUCCCUGCUGCUAUCCUUUGUACUCCUCGCAUCCCCCUUCGCAUCCUUGCUUCACUACCCUCCGCAUCUACGCUUUACAUCCUAGUACUUACCCCGGGCCUAUUGGCUAUGGUGAACCCCUGUACUAAUCCUUGCUACUCGGUACUGACAGUACCUACUGACCCCGGGCCUCACGGCUUUGGUGACAAUGAAAUGUUUAUAACUGCA